AUGGCAAAACUUCAGCCUCUUGACCAAGGCAUUGUGAAAGCGUUUAAGGUAGGGUACAGACGACGACUGGUGCAGAGGCUCCUAAUCAACCUUCAAUUAGGAAUCGAACUCAAGGUGGACCUCCACGGAGCCAUUCAAAUGCUGGCUGGUGCUUGGAACGAUGUGAAGAAAAGCACAAUUGUGAACUGCAUCCGCAAAGCAGGCUUUGUGGUAGCUGCGGACGACGGAUGUCUUGACAAUGAAGACGACGCUGGAUGCCUGGACAGCAAAUUUCGCGAGCUCUCGGCAUUCCCAGGCCCCAUCCCAGGCGGCGUUACAGCACGCGAUUUCGUCAGCGCUGACGACGGCGUGCAAGCUGUAGCGGAUCGUGCUGAUGUGGAGCUUGUGGCUGACAUCAUGGGUGAUGAGGACGCAGACUCGAGCAGCGGUGAAGGUUCCAACAAAGAGGACCAACCACCAUGCACUGUAGCUGAACUUGCAUCAGCUUUCAGCGUCAUUCGCCGAUGUUGGGGCACAAUGGAAGGAGCUGGCCUUUGUCAUUUGGACACUGUCGACAAGCUUGAGGACAGCUUAAGGAACUUGAUGGUGCAGAAGAAAAAGCAAGCAAAGGUCACAGAUUUUUUUCUUCCGAAAUAA